AUGUUUCGCCACAGCUACAGGAAUGCUCGUGCCAAAACCUUUUACCCACCUGGAAUGGCUUGCCGUUCCCUAGUGCGCGCUGCCCUCGGGGCUGCCUUUGCUUUCCCUCUUUCUCUGUUUGUUGGCCCAAGCUGCAGAUGGGUGAAUGGGCUGCAGGCUCGGACCUUUGGCAUCUGGACCCUGCUGUCAUCAGUGAUUCGCUGUCUCUGUGCUAUUGACAUCCGCAAUAAGACCCUCUAUUACAUCACACUCUUCACCUUCUUUAUGGCCCUUGUUCACUUCCUCUCCGAAGUCUUCAUUUACCACACUGCAGCCUUGACAAUUGGAGUCAUGGCACCCCUCAUGGUAGCAAGUUUCUCUAUCCUGGGGAUGUUGAUUGGGCUGCAGUACCUAGAGGUAGAAGCACUGUCACAAAACAAGAAGAAAAACUGAAGCUCAAUGCCUUGUGUAGACAACAUUUGAACUGACCGAUGUCAGAUGUCAAGUCCUAAAGAAGUUUGUCAGAGCUUGCUGGGGCAUUUGGUGAGACUGUCUUCCCUGAGGAUGGUAGGGAAUGUCUCAAGCAUUUCUCUUGCAGUAAGGACUUUUCUCCUGGUGCACUAUGGGGAGGAGAUAUAGAGUGACCCAAGAUCCACUGAACGUUUCUGCCAGGAAAGAGAGCGUGUGCUGCCCCUGGCACUGCUGCAUAACUUGCAUGUUUAUGUUUCUCAGGGGCCAUUUCUAAUAAAUGACAGAAAACUACAGGG